UCUGAAUGGCUUCUGGUAGGGCGUGUCUUCUGCAAAAAGGGGUGCGGCACUGAUGGAGAGAGUUGGGAAGAAUGUUUGGAUGAAUGCACAGAGAUAUGCUACAAGGACCCAGUGUUAAAGGACCAGCAGUGGAGCGCUUACAUUGACCGCUCUCCGGGAGCUGACAGAUACUCAGAGGAAUGCUUCUUUUCUUGUGUAUCCGGCUGUGGUUAUAAGUUUGAUAUUCCCCGAGAGGAAGUUGAUAAAGUUCGUCCGAAGAGGCCACCUAAGCCUCCUCCUGUUCCAAAAAAGCCAGCCUCACCACGCGUUGAGCCCAAACAAACGACUGAAGACGUGCUUAGCACUUCUGCAUAAUGGAGAGCUGAACAAAACCUUUCAACAUUUGCUAUUAGCUAUCGAGAUAGUAACCUAAACAACUUGCAGGAAAUUUCUUCGCCCACCAUUUCAAGUCCUAUCCCACACUUCAGUUUGGUCUGCAGGAUCAUUUUUGUUGAGCAAGGUUCGCAUUUCGUGUCCUUCAUUCGAUCCCUCUGGCCAAAAGUCACCUAACAUCUGGUUUCCCAGGCAUUUUGGUAGCAUGAAACAGUAAACUCUAAAUUGGUUUGCCUUCCAAUUUCUUUCUGUUUUUCUUAGAGUAAGUAGCUCGGUGUAAUUCGACGAGUUUCAUACGAAAACAAUAUAGUACAAUUUACUGUACUCAGAAUCGAGCAAGCAAUGCAGAUACUUGUAUCAGCUUGACACGGACAAGGUCUUUUAGCAGCUACAAGUUCAACUGAUCAAAUAUUUUUCACGUCGUCUUGCACCUA